AUGGUGGAUCCAUCCCAUUCUAAGUAUGUCCAAUUGACUCGUCUGCCGACUUUGAAAGAAGUCCAUCAUGAAGUGAACGAAUCGACUGGUGAAAAGAUACUCGGGAAAGCCGUAGCGCUGCAAUUGAAGCCGAUGAAUGCCGAGAUCUCCAAGUUCGCUUUCGAUUAUCUGUUGCUUCUGGUUGAAGAGCAGCUGAACGAUAUGAUAGGGUUUUUACACAAAUCGAGCAACAUACAAAGGCGUGAGCUGGUAGCGAAAGCGGACUUGCAACUGUUCCUAGAGGGAUUCAACUUAUCCCCAUCAGAUUUAGAGCUACAGCAGCAAAUUUCACAGCACUACAGCAAAAUUUACAGAAAGGAGCUGGCAGCUUUGCAUUCCUUGCAAGAGACAGUCUCUGAGGCAAUUGCAGAAGAUGAAGGCACCUCACAAGAUGUGAUAAACAGUCUGGUACCUCCGAAUAAUCCACUGGCAAAGAGCGUGCCAAAAUGGAUGCCAAUCCUUCCGCCGGAUCAUACUUACAGGUUUACACCACAGUACAACCAUCCGAUCACAGAUGAGACGGUGAUCAGAAGAAAGAUCGUUGAGGAAGGUAAGUUGUCUGAAGUGGCCCUUUCACAUCUUCUUAGAGUCUCAAGCAUGCCAGCUCCGUCGCCAGAGGUGCAAAUGAGCGACGCUGAUCAAGCACUGGCCGCGGAAGAGAGCAUGGCAAUUUACGGCAAUAAAUAUAAGAAGCGAAGAAAACAGACCGCCUACUCCUCUGAUCUCCUCUCCAAGUUGCCGCAAUCGAACUUCAACGUUGAGGAAUAUGCCCGCAGCCGUGUCGAGCUGGCGAGACGCAAAGUUCUGGAAUACGAGGAGAAGCAGUUGCAAUUACAGCAAAAUCCGUUUAUCAAAUUCUCUAAGAUGGUUCUGUCUACAUCGCCUGAGAAACUGAAUAGGCGACAGCUCAACAAAGAAAUCAACUCCAUGUUAAAGCGAUCACUUUAUAGCUUGGUGAAAAGUAUUCCCAAAUUGCAGGAAGCAAAGCAAGAAGCUCGAAAGUCUGCUGAAAAAGCUAGAGACGAACGACUGCAGGAACUUCGAGCUCAAAGGGAAGCGCAGGAGAGACACAGUGAGCAGUUUGAAACCGGGGAUAUCAAUCUAUUAGAUCUCGAUAAUCAUUCUGACGAUUUCUUCAACUAUUCUGGAAGUGAUAACGAUGAACAAGAGCGGCAGGUUGCAAGCGGUGAAGCCAAUCAGCAAGAUAUUCAGCGUUCGCAGGUCUCAGCCACAGGCGACGCAGAAGUUGCUCCAGAGCCAGUGCCACCAACACAGGAGGAUUAUUCACACCACGCAGAAAUCGGUCGUAUUGACCAAACAGAGCAUAGUGGGCAGGCUCAAAUAGUUGGGCAAGGGGAGGCUCCAGAAAGUGAAGUAAGACCAACGGACACAGAAGCAGCAGGGAAAGGAGAAGAUCAUGAAGCUGAACAAAAACAGGAAAAUCCCCUGCAUAAUGACGAAGAUGACGAAAUAGACCUUGAUAACACUAAUUUUCUUUUUGGCGAGAAUGACGAUCUGGAAAACGAAGACAUACAACUCUGA